CAUAGAUUCUCGCCCGCAUCCCACAUUUCGAUAAACUUUUAGCUAGCGGCGCUUCGAUUCUGCCACCGCCUUCCCCCAGUCGCAUCGCGAUAACGAGGGACGCGGUCGUGCCAAAUUUCACUCACCGGAAUCGCAUCAUACUGGGCAAUUCCUAUUUCUUCUGCCCUGGGCAGCAAGCGGAGCUUUCGUAUCGCCUGUUCUGAUUCAAAUGUUACAGACAAAGAUUUGAUGGUGGAAAUUAUUCUCAUUCAUUCCGGUAGCUUCACCAACAUCUGAGCAUGGCCUCGAUGGGUGGAGGGAAUCUGGAUCCGGUCCCUCUCAUCCGGAUCCUGAAAGGCCCACGCAUGCUCAACAAAUACCUCACUGCUAUUUGCAAGUCGGAGAGGAUUCCUUGCGCUGGAGCUGUUAAAGCUAUCAUGCAACAGCGAAUACAAGACAAUAUUGAAAAGUAUGUUGCUGAAGGCAACGUUGUAAAGUUUAAUAACAUCAAGAGUUUGCUCUCCAAUCCGGAGGACGCCUUAUUUCCGAAUGGUGGUUACGCUCCAUACUCGUCCUCACCUGCAGCUCCAUCGCCACGACCAGCGCCUGGAAUACAGGCACCUAGAUACAUGGCAAAUGGUAUGGGCACACAGCCAGUUCUCGAUUUCAAGCCGAGCCCCUUCUACACCCUCCAGCGGCAAAUCGGCGACGUGAAGACGUGUCCGGCUAUGGCAGCCCAUAGAAAUAAUGUUGAGAUAUCUGUGCAAGCACAAAACUGGCCGAUUCUAGGACAAAUAGAAACAGACAAGUCCUUGAGAGUCAUGGCGUUCUGUUCGAGCGAUCCGGGGACCAUGAGACAAGAUAUUUCAUUUCCGCAUCAGUCUGAGAUUAAGGUUAAUGGCGGGGAUGUCAAGGCGAAUCUGCGAGGGUUGAAGAACAAGCCAGGAUCUACACGACCUGUUGACUUGACCCCAUACCUUCGACUGAAACCAUCACAAUACCCGAACAAAAUUGAAAUGACUUAUGCAUUAACGACAAAGACCUUCUACUUCAUGGUUUCCGUCGUCAAAACCGUUGCAGUUGAGGAACUGCGGAAGAAAAUCGAAAAUGGAAAGAAGCUAUCCAAAGAGUCGGUUAUCAACGAAAUGGUCUCCAAAGCAGCGGAUCCAGACAUUGUGGCUACAUCUACAGUUCUCUCUCUGAAGUGUCCCUUGUCCACUCUGAGAAUGGACUUGCCAUGCCGCUCAACAGCAUGCCGGCAUAACCAAUGUUUUGAUGCAACAUCAUACUUGCAACUUCAAGAGCAGGGACCGACUUGGCUGUGCCCGAUUUGCAACAACUCGGCCACUUUUGAGACUCUGGCUGUGGAUGAUUAUGUGAGAGAUAUUAUAACAAAUACUCCGCGAUCGGUAGACCAGGUCACCAUAGAACCCGAUGGAAAAUGGUCCACCAACACCAGAACCCCUUCACCGUCAAGAGGAAACCAGGACUUCGAUAUCGAAGGCGAUGACGAUAUUAUCGAAAUCAAGGACUCCAAAUUCCUAUCUAUCAGAAACCACAGCACUCCAGGCACCUCUGCAAGCACUCCUCCAACUUCACUAUACUCGCGGGAGCCAUCCACUGCAAUGAGCGCCCCCAGACCGUCCAACAAGCGCCCCGCAUCAUCAGUCAUUGACCUCACGCUGAGCGAUGAAGACGACGAACCUAUCUCAAGGGCACCAAAGCGACAGAGCACCGCAGCCUUUGGCGCAACGCAGGUCCCACACUACGCGACGCCAGGUCGGUCCUAGGAGGAUUUACUUCUGCCUGUGACGUUGGUUGGCUAGUGGAUAUAAGGCAGUUCAUGGGGACUGCGAUGGAUUCGAUAUUUUCUCUCAUUUUAUCAUUGGCGUGUACAAUAAUGACUACAUAGCAUUAGCGACGGAGGGAUUUCCCUGGGCGUUCUGGAGGACAGGAGAUGGCGGUCUGGGUUGGGAGGGGCGUUUUGCGGCACUAUGUUAGAUGAUAUUGGUUCGUCUUUGCAACUCUCAUUGUUGCUAGCUCGAGGGCCCAUCAUAUUCUCUCGUAUUGCUAAAUAUCAAAAC